AGUGCAGCGGGACCCACGGAACUACAGGUGUGGGGCCGGGUGCGUUGUGGGAAAAAGAGACAAGGCCGAGGGUGGGCUUGGGCACACCUGGAGUAGAGACCAUCGCUAGCAAAGAAAAGAAUCUGGAGAUUGUUGCUUUGGAGCGGGGUCCAGCUGAGCCCAAGAGCUGCACGGAAUGGUGGUGGCAGUCGCCUUGCCAGUGCAGUGGGCAUGGACCAGACUGCGAGCUAGAGGGACAAAGCAUCAGACAGGACGAGGGGACACGUGCCUAGGCUUGAGGCUUCUUCACCGGGAUGUCCCCAGGCCCCCCAGCCCAGGCCCAGCAUAAAGGCCGUGUGGGGGGCCCCCCCUGACCCAAGGGGGGCUUCAUGCGCCACGUGCAGGCGGAGCCGUCUCCAUCCUCAGAGCCAGAGGCUGGCCCUUCACAGCCUCCAGUCAGACAGGGGACCCUCCAGGGUGGCCUGCUCAUGGGCUACAGCCCAGCAGGCGGGGCGACAUCCCCUGGGGUCUACCAGGUAUCCAUCUUUUCUCCCCCAACUGGUGCCUCCGAGCCUCCUAGGGCUUUGAAGCGGCCGGCCACUCCCACUGAGGGUCCCCGGGAGCUGAAGAGGGGCCCUGGGCUGGGCACCAGAGAGGGACUACCCACUGAAGAACCGUCUCCUGUGGGACUGUUGAGCCCAGAGGGACUGGGUCUGGGACUGGGUGUGGCCAGCCAGCAUUUCUCCCACCAUGGCCUCUGUGUUGUGGAACAGGGAGGUAGGGCCACUUCCUCUUGGACUUCAGGGACCCAGAGUAACCCCUGGCCCUCAUCAAAUGCUUCCUGCAAUACUUUGCACACCAGAGACUGGGCUUUCCCAGACCAAGGGGGACAGGGGUGCCUUGGGGAGUCCCCAGGGCCAGCCCCUUCAGGCCAGCUGCACACACUUGACACUGAUUUGCACAAUCUUGCACAAAUAGGGGGUAAGAGCCCAGUGGCUAGGGUGGGCAACGGGAGCAGCCCCUGGCCUAGGGAGGCCCCUGGAACUGUCAAUGGGCACAGUCCCGAGCGCACGCCCCCUGGCCCUGGACCUCCAGGCCCCUGCCCCACCAAGCGAAGGCUGCUGCCUGCUGGAGAAGCCCUGGAUGUCAGCUCUGAAGAUGAGGGGCCAGCCCCUCGGAGGCGCCGGGGAACCCUGGGCUGCCCUCUUGCUGCCAAUAGUUCUGAUGCCAAAGCCACCCCCUUCUGGAACCACCUGCUGCCUGGGCCCAAGGAGCCUGUUUUGGACCCAGCAGACUGCAGUCGCAUGGGGCGGAGGCUGAAAGGUGCCCGCCGCCUGAAGCUGAGCUCCCUCCGAAGCCUCCGGAAGGGGCCAGACCUGCUGAGCCCUCCCAGUGCCUGCCCCUUUCCUUCCCCUGCUGUCAGCCGUACCCUGCUGUGCAACUUUGAGGAAUCAUUGCUUCGAGGACGCUUUGCACCAUCUGGCCACAUCGAGGGCUUUACUGCAGAGAUCGGAGCCAGUGGGUCUUACUGUCCCCAGCACGUCACGCUGCCUGUCACUGUCACCUUUUUUGAUGUUUCUGAGCAAAACGCCCCGGCCCCCUUCUUGGGAGUCGUGGACCUGAACCCUCUGGGGAGGAAGGGUUACAGUGUGCCCAAGGUGGGCACCAUCCAAGUGACCUUAUUUAACCCCAACCAGACUGUGGUGAAGAUGUUCCUUGUGACCUUUGACUUCUCGGACAUGCCUGCUGCCCACAUGACCUUCCUGCGCCAUCGCCUCUUUUUGGUGCCUGUAGGUGAGGAGGGAAAUGCUAGCCCCACCCACCGCCUCCUCUGCUACUUGCUGCACCUCAGGUUCCGGAGCUCCCGCUCAGGCCGCUUAAGCCUGCAUGGAGAUAUCCGCCUGCUCUUUUCCCGCCGGAGCCUGGAGCUGGACACAGGGCUCCCAUACGAACUGCAGACUGUGACUGAGGCCCCCCAUAAUCCACGUUACUCACCUUUGCCCUGAAGACUGUCAUUCUGAACUUAGGUGGGCCCAAAGCCUGCCUAUCCUGUUCCAUCCUGGACAGGGUAAACUGUGGAGAAACGGCAAAAAGCCCCUUCAGGCUUAAAUUAAAGCCCUCACCGCGCUCACACCCAAACUCAUUGUUGGGUGUUCAAAGCUUCGAUCCUUCCAUACCCUGUCUACUCUGGCUACUCCAUGUGCCUGUCCCCUCCCUUGGGUUUCCCAGGCCAGCUUAGGCAGUAGGGAGGAACCAGAGCUAUCCUAAGGUUGUCCCAAGUUCCCAGGCAAGUAAUGCCAGCGAUGCCUCCCUGUCCUGGGCAGGGACCACUUAUUAUUUUAUUUAUUUUUAAUUUAUAAUUUAUUCAAAUUGGAUUGCCUUGGAGACACCCCUCCCCCAACCUGCUAAUUGGCAUCACCCCACUCUCAGAUAGUGUUCCCACCUCAGGACUUGAAGAAGCUGAUGUCUGAGCAAGGGGAGAGCUGCUCUCCUUUGCCUAAAGGCAAGGGGGGUUUAUUCCGGAGCAACUGAGUCACAAGCCAAAGACUCAGC